AUGGGCGGCGGAGAGGGCGGCGCGUCGUGGAAGCUGAAGAAAGCCGCCAAGAAAAUAUUUGGCCUUCGGACAUGUGCCUCUUUGUGCAACACACACAGCCAAGCUCUUGUUAUCCACAAAUCCCCUAUAUCUUGUUCCAUAAAUUCUUGCGAGAACACUAAAGUCUCAUCAGAAAAUGCAGUGCAAGGCAAUUCUAGUAGCAGCCCUUGUUCAAAUAAGAACUUAUGCACGAUAUGCCUCGACCCGUUAACCAGAGGUCGGGCGAUCUUCACGGCCCAAUGCACGCACGCCUUCCAUUUCUCGUGCAUCGCCUCCAACAUCAGCCACGGCAGCCUGACCUGCCCCAUUUGCCGGGCCCAUUGGACCCAACUGCCCAAGACCCCACGAACCCACUGCCCUGUCCACAGCUCGGCUGCCCGGGUUCCCGUCCCGCAAAUCGGGAAUUUCCGGCGCCCGGUCGAGCCGGGCCCCGCCGCCACCGCUUCCCGAUCCCGUCUCUCUUUCUCUCUCCUCAACCACUCGAGCAACGGCUUUUGCUACCUCCGAGUAAAGUUGGAUCAUCGACCGGCAACCGACUUGGUAUUAGUUGUCGAUGACUGCACGGCCGAGCCACACCAUCUAAGCCUCGUGAAGCGCGCCAUGGCGGCCGUGAUCUCCUCUCUGGGGCCCACCGACCGCCUGGCGAUAGCCACGCGUGGGGGAGUUUCCACCCUGAGGAGCAUGACGCCGUGCGGAAAAAGAAUCGCAUUGAGAAUAGUCGACCGACUCUCGUGCAUGACUGGGCCCGCGGACGAGAGGCUUGUUGAGGAGGUGCUUGGGGACCGUUACCAUAAGAAUCCCCGAUCGUGCGUUGUUCGCCUGACGUGGGGCCAAUCGGGACCUCACGAGCAGCUCGUUUCAGAAGAUUCGUCUGUGGUGCAACGGUUAGGGUUCGGGCUCGGCGCUUGUGGCGAGUCGUCAACUGCGGUUUUGCACGAGUUCGAAGGGUUUCUGGCGAGGACGAUCGGUGGUCUGGCAGAGGAUAUUCGACUGAGGAUCGGGCAACGUGCGACGAUCGUGAGGAUAGGAGAGAUGAAGGGCGGGGAGGAGAGAAAUAUUCAAGUGUGUCUCGACAAGUGUGGACGAAUGCGCGUGGAGUAUAGUUACGGUGAGGGCUCGUGCGUUAAGACGGGCGAUGUUGUCGUUGGCAUUGAAGGAGAUAAAUGGUAUGGCGAUUGUGAUGGUGUGGUGGUGGAUAGAAGCUCAGGAAACUAUGGAAAUUGGAAUUUUCAUGAUGAUGAUGAUGAAUUUACACCAAGGAGAUUGUCUAGGCAUUUGCAUGGGAUGUGGCCAUGA